CAGCAGACGAGGAUCACAUAUACAAUUCCUUAUGUUGUAAUUCGAUGUAAAAUUUUAAGUCAAUGGAUGUUAAAAUUAUCUUUUUAACUAUCCAUGUUUUUAUAACAUGUAUAAAUGGGCAAUCAUACAUGUACGACGUUUAUGAAGGGGCAGUCAUUCCUGCUGUAACGCACUGGGGAUAUGGAGAUUAUAACGGACCAGAAGAGUGGCCGGAACUAUUUCCAAACAAAUGCGCGGGAAAAUACCAAUCACCAGUCAAUAUACGUCCGCGGAAAACAAAGUUUAAACCAAAUUUAAGUAAAUUCAUCUUCUACGAUCCGCCAUAUUGGGGAGCAAGAUAUUUUGCCCACAACAAUGGACACACAAUUCAAGUCAAUACAUGGGGUCUACAUCUACUUGCCAAUGGAGGGCUGAAUCACACGUACAGGAUUGCCCAGUUUCAUUUUCACUGGGGUGAUGAAAACGACCAAGGUGCUGAACAUACAGUUAAUGAAAAAGCCGCCCCAAUGGAGAUGCAUAUUGUAAGCUGGAAUCAUGAAAAGUAUGAAAGUAUAAAAGACGCAGCAAAGGCUCCUGAUGGUUUGGCUGUGCUGGGGAUUUUGUUUAAGAUUUCACACCGAGAUAACCCCUUAUUUGAACCUCUAAUUCAUGCUAUUCCGAGCAUACGCGAUCCAGAUUGGAACAAUCAAGUAGAAAUUGCAGUUGUGCCAAUAAGGAAUUAUCUACCACACUCGCCAGAAAAGUACUUCCGGUACCGUGGCUCAUUAACCACACCAAGGUGUUACGAAAGUGUUACCUGGACAGUGUUUCGAGAAAAACAAAAUAUUUCGAAGAGACAGGAAGCAUCGGUGCAUUACCAGGGCGUCGCCGGCACAGUGCCGGCAUCACCAAUAGCAUUACCGUGGCAAAAACGGCGAUGA